AUGUCGGAAAAGACCGGAUUUUAUUCCUUAAAGGCCGAAAUGCCUGGCAACAAAACUUUCGAUUUCGCGGACCUUGAAGGCAAAGUGGUUCUGAUUGUAAACACGGCUUCUGCCUGUGGGUUCACGCCUCAAUACAAAGGUCUUCAAGCUCUAUACGAUAAGUACAAGGACCGCAACUUCACUAUAGUGGGCUUCCCUUGUAAUCAAUUUGGAGGCCAGGAACCCCUCGAUGAUGCCGGAGUCGCUGAAUUCUGCACAGUUAACCAUGGCGUUACAUUUCCACUUAUGAAGAAAUCUGAAGUCAAUGGGGACAACACCAACGAGGUUUACCAAUUCUUGAAGUCGCAAAAGUCUGGCAUUCUUGGUCUCACACGUAUCAAAUGGAACUUUGAGAAAUUUUUGAUUGACAAACAGGGCAACGUCGUCAACCGUUGGGCUUCAACCACCACUCCUCAAGCCAUUGAUGGUGAUAUUGCUAAGUUGGUCGCCGCUUGA